AUGCUGCACCGCCUGUUGUUCGUAGUUGUUGCUGUUUGCUGGUUUCCAGUGUCGCUUUGCGAAGAUGCCACUUUCGUUCCAGAUCUCGACGAGACCGAGAGUCCAACUCUUGAUCAGAGCGUCAUUGCCACUGUAGUACCGGCUGAAGCAGUCGUUGAAGCAGAAGAAGAGGAGCCAGAGGCAGCCUUACCAGCAGUGACUGAAGAAGAACCAGAACCUGAGGAAGACCUCGUCGUCACAGUAGCUCCUACUGAUGAAGUGACUGAAGCGGCUCCGGAAGAAGUACCAGUAGAAACACCUGAAGCAGAGCCAACAGAGGAAGAAGUAGAGGUAGAACCAACAGAAGCUGUGACAGUGGCACCGGAAGAUGACGAAGAGCCUUCACUAUUAAUACCAGCUGGUACUGCCACUACAGCACCAUCUACAGUUGUGCCUCCUCCUGAGGAAGAUUCGUCUGACUCGUUGCCAGAAGAAACCACAGCGCAAGUAGAGAAAACCAACGCCAAUUCUGACGGUGAAACUACCGCCACGGAUGGAGAGGAAGACGUCAAGGAUGAAGACGAAGAGGAAGCCACUACUGGUACCCGUGGGGCCAGCAAUCCUACCCAGAGCGUCAGUGCAGCCGAAGAUCUCGAACGAGAGCGCUGCGCGACGCCAGGAGACUCAUGUGAAUUACGCCAGCUCAUUGCAAGCCUUGAGGAUGAAUUAUGCCAGCUCAUUGCAAGCCGCUUCGAGUUCCUAUCGAAGCAGAUUAUUGCACAACAAAAGGAAAUCUCUGCGCUACGCCGACGCCAGGAGACCUCUGGACAAAGCCAACUCAUUGCAAGCCUUGAGGAUGAGCUACGCUCUGAACAACUCCAGCUCGCCAAUGAGCUUCGCUCUGAACAACGCCAGCUCGUUGCAAGCCUUCAGGAUGAGCUACGCUCUGAACAACUUAACCUCGCCAAUGAGCUACGCUCUGAACAACGCCAGCCCAUUGAAAACCUUCAGGAGAUGCAGGUACGACUCUUUGCGGCCGUCCAAGAGAUGCAUCGCGCGGGAGCCUCCCAUUAGACUCGUUCCGAUCCACCCAUCCACUGCCUCGGAGCAAUCCAGUCCCUGGCUACUGGCUACAGUGCCAAAAUGUAGCUACCGGUGCCAUACCGGUACCGUAGUUGGCUGCCAGUACAUGUAGUACAUGUUGAGCCUUCAUCUAAUUUUACUCUAGCAAAACUCCACUACAUGUACCGUACUUAAGCUUCUGACGUUCCGAAGGAUUCAAUCAAGGUUGCUGAGCUUACAGGCUCGACCGUCUAACAAUGUAAUCAAUG